UUCGUGGUCGUUGUUUCUUGUCGUUGUCUGUGAACGCUGAUCGCACGUUUUGUACCGGCGAUUUUUACCAAUUUUUCGUACUUUUGCAAAGACAUUGAUUGUGUCUUCUUAAAUUGUGUAUAUAUAAAAUUAUUUUAAUUACAUUAUGACUGUAGACGAAGGGAUCGAUAUUUCUAAGGCGGGAGACCGCGGAGUAUUGAAGAGGAUCAUCAAAGAAGGAGAAGGCUCCGACACACCUAAUCCAGGUUGUCAGGUUACUGUUCAUUACACUGGCACUCUUUUAGAUGGUACUAAAUUUGAUUCCAGUAAAGACAGAAACGAUCCUUUCGAGUUUCAACUUGGCAAAGGUGAGGUGAUAAAAGCAUGGGACAUUGGAGUGGCGACGAUGAAGAAAGGGGAAGUGUGUGUGUUGACAUGUGCACCAGAGUAUGCUUAUGGUGCUGCUGGAAGCCCACCUAAAAUACCACCUAAUUCUACUUUACAGUUUGUGGUUGAAAUGAUUGACUGGAAAGUGGAAGAUCUUAGCCCUGGUAAGAAGAAGGGAAUCCUUCGGCACAUCCUAGAGCAAGGGUCUGGGCUGGAUUAUCCUAAUGAUGGGGCACUGGUUACAGUUGAACUUGAGGGGCGUUUACAAGCUGAUGGUAAAGUGUUUGAUACAAGAACAUUGAGCUUCACCCUCGGUGAAGGAACCGAGAAUAAUAUAUGUGAAGGUAUUGAAAGGGCCCUAGAGAAGUUUCAAAAAGGUGAAAAAUCCAGAUUGACCAUUGCACCAAAAUAUGGAUUCAAAUCAGAAGGAAAUGCAACUCUAGGUGUCCCUCCAGACACAACCUUAGAAUAUAUAGUGAAAUUAGUUAAUUUUGAGAAAGCCAAAGAGUCAUGGGCUAUGGACGGGGCAGAAAAACUUGAGCAAGCAAAGAUAUUCAAAGAGAAGGGCACCGGGUAUUUUAAGAACAACAAAUUCCAACUAGCUAUUAAAAUGUACAAGAGGGUUACUAGUUUACUUGAAGAUAUGAUUGAAGACACAUCAGAGAGUGAAGAGAACAAAACACAGGCCAAGGAAUUACUACUAUCAGCAUAUUUGAACCUCUCCCUGGUUUACCUGAAAGUGACACCGGCACAUCACUUUGAGGCGAGGGACUUUGCCACGAAGGCCCUGAAGUUUGACCCUGAUAAUGUAAAGGGUCGGUUUAGAAGGGGCCAAGCACUUCUUGGCUUGGGAGAAGCGGAGCAGGCUAUAGAAGAUUUCCAAAAGGUUGUUGAUGCUGAACCACAAAAUAAGGCGGCGGGCAAUCAAAUAAUCGUGUGCCGCGCAGCCAUACAGAAGCAGAAGCAAAAAGAGAAGCAGCUGUACGCGAACAUGUUCGAUAAGUUCGCAAAGCACGACUCGGAGAUUGAAAAGAUCCGAGCGAAGGCAGAAGUAGAUGUGAUAGGUGAGAAAGUGGGAGAGUGGGGUGUGGGCGAGGGCGAGUGGACCGACCAGCAGCGAGACCGCAAGCCCACAGAGUUUGAGAAGGAGAAUCCAAACAUACUCAUGCUAGACAAGGACGGACGCUUCCAGAACAUGUGAAUGUGCUCUUAUAACUAUGUUACUUUAACAUGAUAAAUGCCAUUGACUAGCCAACCGAGUUCACUUAGUGGCAUGCAAUGUGUUAAUAUCAUUUAUUGGUCGAGGAUUUAUUAAUUUUGAAUAAUCUUAAUUUCUUAUACGCAAAUUAAUUGAGAUAAAAUAUUUUGGAAUACAAUGAAGUUCUAAUAUAUUAUGACAAAUAUAUUGUCUCUUUCAAUCUCUAAAAAAAGUGAUAUUUGCAGUGUAUGCAUUAAAAAUAAAAUAGCUGGGGAGAGACAUUUAUUGCACUUAGUUGCAUCUUCUGUCCCUUGAGAAACAUGAGUGGCCAAGUUUGUAUCCAUUGCAGUUAUCUCCAUAUUAGAAGUUAUCUUAGCUUUUUUCUCUUCACCCCCUAUAGAAAUUGUUGAUCCCGGCAGGUCUUUCGACAAUUCCAAGUGGAAACUUUCGAUUAUAUGUAAGAAAGGCCGAAGUAACAUAGUUGCCGAUGCAAUUGCCGUUCGAUCUUUCUUUCUUCUCUCUUUCGACAUAAGUAGACUUGCUCGCCGAGUACGGCGUUUACUAACCAAUUGAAUGGUCAGCCGUGCUGCUUUCAUGUUUGCAAGACAUGAAUCAUCUAACCAAUUUAAUGGUCAGCCGUGGUGCUUCCUCGUCGCCAUUGUAGCAUUCGUUGCGUUAUAUUUGGCUCGUUCACGUACAGACACGUGUUGCCGAUCCAAAGUCCUGACAUCGACUAACGUCCCCUCUCUCCGGCAUGUACCCUCGAGACAAACAACACUACGUUUAUGCAUACACUACAGUAUUUUUUAGUAAUUAUUUCUAAAAGUAAUUUGUGAUGGUAACUUCAUAAGAACACAUUCCAUGAAUAUUCAUAUUUAAGUAUAUAACAGGGGCUAGGGUAGGUUAGAUCUUGAGCAUUU